AUGUCCAAUACUCUCAAUCCGCUGAAUCACGGGAUUGGCGGGACUCAUUCGAAGGACCUCGUACUGCCACAACCCUUUAUUCCCAUCAAUCCUACUAGACCAGAGUGGUACAAAAGAGAGGAAAAGUUGCCACAUGAUCAUCCGGAGUAUCGCGGAAUAGCUAAUUAUUAUGGUCAUGCCGAAGCCUAUCCAUUCAACCCGGAACGUCCAUUGCCUGUUGAGUUCUAUGCCGAUAAAUUGAACAAGUUUGCGAGUUUGAUGGUCAUUGCCUGCGACCUCGAGGAAUCUUGUGUGACUUUGGCACUUAUCAAGAAUAUCCGAGCUGCUAAUGCUUACUAUAUCGAGAAGACUAAGAAGGACCAUAAUGAACUCAUUGGAGAGCUGGUCGCAAAGCACGAUGAAGAUGUGGAGAAGUUGGAACAGGAUAAGAAAUUUCUCAAGAUUCAAUGCCAUAAGAAAAUGGAACAAAUGAUGAUGAAGUAUGAAACCAAGAUCACCAACCUAGUGAAGACAGUUACCGAUCAGAAAAAUGAGAUCUCAGCUCUUCGUGACCAGAUUAGCAAGCAAGAACAGAACGCCAAAAACAAGACUGCCGGAGUCAGCGGAAAUCCGGAGAUCAUCGGAUUGGAACAUCUUUCAAUUGACACUGCUCCAUCCACACCGUCUCCUCCGACUGUCGCUACCACUGAAACAAAAAAAUCCAUCAAAUCCUUCCGUAUUUAA